GUGGUCAGCCUGCGCUUCCGGUCUGGCAGACAUUUUUGUCCCUCCGAUUGACGGUAAACAUUCUCCUCCGCACGGAUAAAGCUCGCUUUCACUCUCUUCGACGAAUAACGCUAAAACUGCAGAAAUGUUCUACACAUGUGGACCCAAUGAAGCUAUGGUGGUCUCUGGCUUUGGCCGCUCUCCACCUCUCAUGAUCGCCGGAGGACGAGUGUUUGUCUUCCCGUGUAUUCAAAAGAUCCAGAGGAUUACUCUGAACACGCUAACUCUAAACGUGAAGAGUGACAAAGUGUACACCCGACAUGGUGUCCCCAUCUCUGUCACGGGCAUCGCUCAGGUGAAGAUCCAGGGCCAGAACAAAGAGAUGCUAGCUACCGCCUGCCAGAUGUUCAUGGGCAAGUCAGAGCCCGAGAUUGCCCAGAUCGCCCUGGAGACAUUGGAGGGCCACCAGAGGGCCAUCAUUGCUCAUUUAACCGUAGAGGAGAUCUACCAGGACCGUAAGAAGUUCUCCGAGCAGGUCUUCAAGGUGGCCUCCUCGGACCUAGUCAACAUGGGGAUAGGGGUGGUCAGCUACACCCUCAAAGAUGUCCAUGAUGAUCAGGACUACCUCCACUCACUGGGGAAGGCCAGGACGGCUCAGGUGCAGAAGGAUGCAAGGAUCGGAGAAGCUCAGUACAAGCGGGACUCUGUCAUCAGGGAGGCCCAGGCCAUGCAGGAGAAGGUGUCUGCUCAGUACAAGAACGAGAUCGAGAUGGCCAAGUCCCAGCGGGACUACGAGUUGAAGAAGUCCGCCUAUGACGUAGAGGUCAACACCAAGAAGGCGGAGUCAGAAAUGGCCUAUCAGCUUCAGGUUGCAAAGACCAAGCAGCGCAUCGAGGAGGAGAAGAUGCAGGUGCAGGUGGUGGAACGCAGCCAGCAGAUCAUGCUGCAGGAGCAGGAGAUCGUUCGCAAGGAGAAGGAGCUGGAGGCCAAGGUCAAGAAGCCCGCUGAGGCCGAGAAGUAUCGUCUGGAGAAGCUGGCCGAGGCUCAGCGACUGCAGCUCAUCAUGGAGGCUGAAGCUGAGGCCGAGUCCAUCAGAAUGAAGGGAGAGGCAGAAGCGUUCGCCCUGGAGGCCAAAGGCCGCGCAGAGGCAGAGCAGAUGUCCAAGAAGGCUGAGGCCUUCAAGCAGUACGGCGAAGGAGCCAUGGUGGACAUGCUGCUGGAGAAGCUCCCUCUGAUGGCCGAGGAGAUCAGCAAACCGCUGUCGUCGGCCCAGAAGGUCACCAUGGUGUCCAGCGGUGGCGCCGACAUCGGCGCCUCCAAGCUGGCCGGCGAAGUCCUGGAGAUCAUGACCCGCGUGCCCUCGGCGGUGGAGAAGCUCACCGGAGUGGACAUUUCCCAGGUUACAGGCCAGUCGCUGCGCGUGCAUUAAGACGACGACCUGCUUCCGCCUCCCCCGGUGCCUAAAUGACCACUUCUGUGACGCCGUCUCCCUGCGUGCAUGUGAGCCUCAUCAAAUGCGCUUCUGCUCCCUCUAGUCGUAGCUCUAAAAGUGCUUCCCCCACCCCCCCCACCCCCCACAGAGAUGAUCCGUUAAGAUGCAUUUGUGGCACUACAAAGCCUUUCAGUGUAUUGAAAUGUGUCUGUUAUGUUUAUGUAGUGGAAGACAACAGUUUAUGUUUGUCUUUGUUGUGUACUGCUUUGUCUGUGAAAUGGAUUGUAAAUGUAGUUUAUCUGCACAUCUUCAUAUGCAAAUUUAAUCCAAAUGAUGACUAAGAAGUGGUUGGGCCACACUGAAAAGAAAAGUGGGAAUAUUUACUAAAUUAAUUAAAUUUAUUCUUUGAAAAUUACAAAUUUAUUUAAGUACUUUAUUUUUUUUAAUCGUAUUUUCAGAAAGUUGGGAUUUUAACAAAAAAAAAGAUAAAAACAAAAAAAAUAAACCUCUCAAAUUAGACUUUUGCCUUAUAGCAUUCUCUAAAAAUUCUGAAUUAAUUAAAACAAAUGACGUUUUCUUUUCAAUGCAGCCCAGACCCUCUUUAAUAUGAUCACUGCUGUAGGAUUUAACUUGGUCACCUUUGAAAGGAAAGCAAGUGGUUGUUGGGGAUGCGAGGUUGUGUGUGUGUGUGGUACAAUCCAGAAAGCAAAAGUAAGUUUUUGUUUUUUUUCCUCCAUAUGUAUAAUGUAUAAACAUUACUAACUCAAGACACGCUAAUCCUUCACAUUUAUAUUCUAUUAUUCUAUUCUAACGCUGCGGGGCUCACUGAAAUGUUUGUCUUUUUUUUUUUUCGUUUUUUUAUAUUAACACUUUACUAACAACCCAAAGCUUGAUGCAUGUCGUCACCGUGAAGUGCCUGCUCGCUUGUUUCAUCAACUCCUCAUCCAACCUCAGCUCAUGUGUUCAGCCUGUUACACUUCAGGGAAGAAAUAUAUAAACUUAUAUCUGACUAGUGUGGUUACAGAGGCGUGUUAAAUUGACAAAAUUUGAAUGGGGAGUAAAAGGCCGGGAAUUUGGGAAAAGUAUUCAUUCCCAUGGAAAACGUCUCAACUUUAAAAAAAAGUUCCUGGACUGUUCCCACCCUAUAUCCCACUGAGAGAAGCCAUAAUGCUGCCACAACGCACGCCUCUUAUUUUCAGUGUAACCCUUUUCAAAUGUCUUGUGACAUAUUGUGUGUACUUUGUGUUCGGUAAGGAAAGCAUGUGUAGCCUGCCUCAAUGUUAGUAUUCAAUGUUGACCAUUUAUCUGUAUUAAAGUGACAUUCAUCAAAUAAAGUUAUGAUUUCAUUACAGAA